CAACUUGACGCCUGAAGCGCACGCAAGCAGCGAGCGGAAGUCCACGUCGCAGCACAAGACAAGAUCUCGAUAUCGAAUUCGAGCUCGAACUCGAAUUCGAACAGUUGCCAGCUUUGGCGUACGCCGCAACAGCAGCAACAACAAUAACAACGGCAUAUCAAGUGGAAGUGUAAAGUGUAUAGAAAACGAAUGAGAAAUAAAUAAAAAAAAUCUAUAUGCAAACCCCAACAACAACAACAACAAGGGAAUUAAUAAGCAAAAGUUCGUGAUAACAACAUUAACAACAAAACAAAAUGCCCUGACAAAUCGACAACAAUAACAACAACAACGUUUAAAGUACGAAAAUAUAUUUUUAAAAAAGAAGAGUUAUCUGGGCAUCGGCUAAUUAAUGGCCAAUUUGUGUGCGUUACUUGUGCCAAAAAGUUGUGGUUAAGCAACAACGACAACAACAAUAACAAAAACAAAAAAAAAACAACUACCAGCAGAAGGAACUAAACUGCGCACCAGCAUCGUCUGCAACAGCAGGCGGCAACACGUUGAAAAACGCGCACAGAAUGUACAAAAUGUUUAGAAAACAUUUUCGCCGAAAAUCAACAAAAGGCAAUACAGCGACAACAACAGCAACAACAGCAACAACAGCAACAGAAACAACAACUGGCAGCCUGAGAAUGUCUGCAACGAGGCAACGGCAACGGCAGCGGCAGCGGCCACGGCAGACAACAGCGCUGCGAUCGCUGAUCGACGAUUGUCGAUCAUUAAAGUCUGCCUGCAACUUAAUUGCUUUAAUUUUAAUAUUGUUAGUCCAUAAGAUAUCCGCAGCUGGUAACUUCGAGCUGGAAAUAUUAGAAAUCUCAAAUACGAAUAGCCAUCUACUAAGCGGCUACUGCUGCGGUGUACCCACAGAAUUACGCGCCACCAAGACGACGGGCUGUUCACCCUGCACAACAGCAUUUAGACUGUGCUUAAAGGAGUAUCAGACAACGGAACAAGGCGUCAGCAUAUCGACGGGCUGCUCAUUUGGCAACUCCACCACGAAGAUACUUGGCGGCUCGAGCUUUGUGCUCAGUGAUCCGGGCGUGGGUGCCAUUGUCUUGCCCUUCACAUUUCGCUGGACGAAGUCGUUUACGCUGAUACUCCAGGCGUUGGACAUGUACAACACAUCCUAUCCAGAUGCGGAAAGGUUAAUUGAAGAAACAUCAUACUCGGGCGUGAUACUGCCGUCGCCGGAGUGGAAGACACUGGACCACAUUGGCCGCAACGCGCGCAUCACCUACCGCGUCCGGGUGCAAUGCGCCGUUACCUACUACAACACGACCUGCACGACCUUCUGUCGUCCGCGCGACGAUCAGUUCGGUCACUAUGCCUGCGGUUCGGAGGGUCAGAAGCUCUGUCUCAAUGGCUGGCAGGGCGUCAACUGUGAGGAGGCCAUUUGCAAGCCCGGCUGUGAUCCCAUACAUGGCAAAUGUGAUCGACCCGGUGAAUGCGAAUGUAGACCCGGCUGGCGUGGCCCUUUGUGCAACGAGUGCAUGGUCUAUCCGGGCUGUAAGCAUGGUUCCUGCAAUGGCAGCGCCUGGAAAUGCGUAUGCGAUACGAAUUGGGGUGGCAUAUUAUGCGAUCAAGAUUUAAAUUACUGUGGCACCCAUGAACCCUGCAAGCAUGGCGGCACCUGCGAGAACACCGCACCGGAUCAAUAUCGGUGCACAUGCGCCGAGGGACUGUCGGGUGAGCAGUGCGAGAUUGUGGAGCAUCCAUGCGCCACACAGCCCUGUCGCAAUGGCGGGACUUGCACGCUCAAGCUAACGAAUGCAACCAGGCCGCCAACAUAUCGCGUCAUGCGUGGCAUGAGCUCCUCCAUGGGCAAACCGAUAAGCCGUCGCAAUUCAAUACGCAGCCUGGCGGGCCUGUUUCAGGAGUCGCAGAAUGCCAGCGGCAACGGCUCCCAGCAGCAGCAACAGCAGCAACUGCCGCCUCUGGCCGCGGAGUUCACUUGUGGCUGUGUGGCCGGCUGGACGGGACCAACAUGUGAAAUAAAUAUCGACGAGUGCGCUGGAGGUCCCUGCGAGCAUGGUGGCACUUGUGUCGAUCUAAUCGGCGGCUUUCGCUGCGAAUGUCCGCCCGAGUGGCGCGGUGAUGUCUGCCAGGUGGAUGUGAACGAAUGCGAGGCAUCCUAUGCGGCCGCUUUGCCCGCCAAUACGCUGCUGACCACCACGGCCAGUGCCAUUAUUGCCAGCAAUCUGAGUAGCUCGGCCGCAUUGCUGGCGGCUUUGACCAGCGCCGUGGCCGCCUCGAGCUCGGCUGCCACGCAUGGGCCCUGCAUCAAUGCGCGCGAAUGCCUUAAUCUGCCCGGAUCGUUCUCGUGCCUCUGUCUGGAGGGCUGGGGUGGCGCCACCUGUGCGGAGAAUCUGGAUGAUUGUGUGGGCCAGUGCAAGAAUGGCGCCAGUUGCAUUGAUUUGGUCAACGACUACCGUUGCGCCUGCUCCGCUGGAUACACGGGACGCGACUGUGAAACGGAUAUCGAUGAGUGCGCCAACUCGCCCUGCCGCAACGGGGGCGAGUGCGUGGACAUGGUGGGUAAAUUUAACUGCAUAUGCCCGCUGGGCUAUUCGGGCACCCUGUGCGAGGAGGCCAAGGAUCAUUGCACGCCCUCACCGUGCCUGCAAGGACGCUGCCUCAACACGCCCGGCAGCUACUAUUGCCACUGUCCACCGGAUCGCGCGGGCAAGCACUGCGAGCAGCUGCGUCCGCUCUGCUCACAACCACCUUGCAAUGAGGGCUGCUUUGCUAAUGUCAGCGCGACAGCCAAGCCGACGACGUCGACGACAACGGCAGGCGGCCAGCCCUGCAGCGGACAUGGCAGCUGCGAGAUGAGCGACGUGGGCACCUUCUGCAAAUGUCAUGUGGGCCACACCGGCACCUUCUGCGAGCACAAUCUCAACGAAUGCUCGCCGAAUCCUUGUCGAAACGGUGGAAUUUGCCUUGACGGUGACGGCGACUUUACAUGCGAGUGCAUGUCGGGCUGGACAGGAAAACGCUGCUCGGAACGCGCCACUGUUUGCUAUGCGGGCCAGUGCCAAAAUGGCGGCACCUGCAUGCCAGGCGCUCCGGACAAGGCUCUGCAGCCGCACUGCCGCUGUGCGCCCGGCUGGACGGGCCUAUUCUGCGCGGAGGCCAUCGACCAGUGCCGCGGCCAGCCCUGUCAUAAUGGCGGCACCUGCGAGUCGGGCGCUGGCUGGUUUCGCUGCUUGUGCGCCCAAGGCUUCUCGGGGCCCGAUUGCCGUAUUAAUGUGAACGAGUGCUCACCACAGCCCUGCCAGGGUGGCGCCACCUGCAUCGAUGGCAUUGGCGGCUACACAUGCAUCUGUCCACCAGGUCGGCAUGGACUACGUUGCGAAAUAUUGCUCUCCGAUCCCAAGUCAGCUUGCUUGAAUGCCACCAAUACCAUAUCACCAUAUGCGGCGCUCAAUCAGAGCCAGAAUUGGCUGGACAUUGCCUUGACCGGACGCAGUGAUGAGGACGAGCAUUGUAAUGCUUGCGUCUGUGAGAAUGCCACCUCGCGUUGCACGAAUCUCUGGUGCGGAUUGGCCAAUUGCUUCAAACUGGAUCCACUGUCCAAAUCCUCGAAUCUUUCGGGCGUCUGUAAGCAGCAUGAGGUAUGUGUGCCGGCCCUGGGUGAAACCUGUCUGUCGCCGCCUUGUAGCGUGCGUGGUGACUGUCGCGCCUUGGAACCUUCGCGGCGCGUGGCACCGCCACGUUUGCCUGCCAAAGCUAGUUGCUGGCCCAACCAGGCGCUGGUUAACGAGAAUUGCGCGCGGCUCACCAUACUACUGGACUUGGAGCGCGUGGGUAAGGGCGCCACCGUGGAGGGCCUGUGUUCCUUAGUGCGAGUGCUCCUGGCGGCGCGUCUGAUCAAGCAGCCGCUGACCCCUCAGACCAGCCCAGCGCAGGAGGAGGGCAUGCUUAUGGUUCUGUGCGAUCUGAAGACAGGCACCAAUGACACCAUCGAGCUGACUGUGUCCUCCAGCAAGCUGAACGAUCAGCAGCUGCCCGUGGCGGUGUCCUUGCUGGGUGAGCUGCUCAGCUCGCGUCAACUGAAUGGUAUACAGCGGCGCAAUGAGCUGCAGCUGCAGCACGCGAAGCUGGCGGCACUCACCUCCAUACUGGAAGUCAAGCUGGAGACGGCGCGCGUGGCUGAUGGCAACAGCCACAGUCUGCUUAUUGGCGUGCUGUGCGGCAUCUUUAUUGUCCUGGUGGGCUUCUCCGUAUUCAUUAGCCUUUACUGGAAACAGCGUCUGGCGUAUCGCAGCAGCUCGGGCAUGAAUCUGACGCCGCCACUUGACGCGCUGCGCCACGAGGAGGAGAAAUCCAAUAAUUUGCAGAACGAAGAGAAUCUGCGGCGUUAUACGAAUCCCCUUAAAGGCAGCACCAGUUCGCUGCGCGCUGGCACCGGCAUGGAGCUCAGCCUAAAUCCGGCGCCCGAGCUAGCGGCAUCAGCGGCCAGCAGCUCAGCGCUGCAUCGCUCGCAGCCGCUGUUUCCACCCUGCGACUUUGAGCGGGAGCUGGACGCGAGCACCGGACUGAAGCAGGCGCACAAGCGCAGCUCACAAAUACUGCUGCACAAGACACAGAAUUCAGACAUGAAAAAGAAUACGGUCGGCUCGCUGGAGAGUCCACGCAAGGACUUUGGCAAACGUUCGAUAAACUGCAAAUCGCUGCCGCCACAGGCCAGCGAUGAAAGCGGCGAUGUGCUAGCCACUGUUGUGGUCUAGGGCUAGCGAUCUCAGCAAACAAAGCCCACAGGCCCAAGGCCCUAGGCUCAUUUCCGCUUAAAGUUCCUGGCAUUCAGCCUGGCAUUUCCGCUUGAUGUGCAGCCAGCCAUUGCCACAGCACGGGCGCGAUUUCCAAGUGCAUUAGUAGUGUAAAUUAGCCUAAGGUUAGUUAGUUAGUUAGCUACUUGCAUAGUUAGUUAGUGUGUAAGUUAGUUAGUUAGUUUGGCUGCGUAGUUAGCAUUUUGUGUUGCAUUCUCUGUUAGUGUAAUUUCAAAUUCUUCUCUUCAACGCUAAGCAACAUCCUACACAGUGUGAUAUUUAGUAUAACCCAGACGCGCAUAUACUCGUAUAUAGUUUAUCCAGUUUUUGGCCAAGCACAAGCCUGUACAUAGCAUAGCUCUAGGGUCCGGUGGCAUAGAGCCACAUAGUUAGGCAUAGUUAGCAACUACAUAAAUGGACAUAGCUCUUAAGUUGUAAAUAAUUGUAAAAUUGUAGUUACCGUUAUUGUAUUUUGUCUAAACUUAAGCCGCAACAAGUUAGACCUAACAACAGCAACAACAACAGCAGCAGCAUCAACAACAAAUGGUUUAUAUAACGUUCGCAAUAAAUAAUGUGUAUAUUCUUAAGUUAUUCACAUACUGUAUGUAUUAUAUAUAGUAUAUAUUUAUUUAUUAUUUUACUAUAGCGCCAAUGCACUCUGUAAGCAGUUACUUUUGAUCUAGCAGCAAUAAAGCAAUAUCAACAAUAAUGAUAAAACAUAA